AUCUUUUUUGUAAGAAAAUGAACCUUAAACACACGUACAAGUGAAUGGCUUAAAGUGGGUUUGAUUAUAUUAGAAACUAGUGUUAUUUAGAAAAGUGGAACAAACGUUCUUGUCCUAGUAUUCGCGAGUUUAACACCGUUAUGUCCCGUUCUAAACUUACUUUCAAACUGCAUUUGCCUUCGAAAUAUCACGAGUUAACGUAGUGCUGAUAGCUUAUCUUCCACUAUGUUGAAUAUAUUAGAUUUAGUUUUCCUAGGCUUGGCCUUUAUGGUGACUUUUAUGGGAUUUUUGAUAAAUAAUUUUGAAAAACAUGUUCCAGUUUUUAUUAUCAAAGGGUACAGAUACGGCAGUUUUGCGUAUAAGGGCUCUGGAGCGAAUUAUUUGCAAAUGAUAGAAAUACCUAAGGCAUAUUACCGGCACUUUUAUUCAUUUUCCUCAGUUUUCUGUGUCAGUACUUUGUUCUAUACUGUUUUGGUGUACUUUUUCAAUGUAAACGUUAGUUCCUUCAUUGUUUUUGUACUUAGAAUACUUCUGGAGCAAGAUGAACCCGGUGUGUGUGUAACCGCAGCAUUAAUAGCUCUGGGCCUGCUAUCAGUGCAGUGUGUAAGACGUUGCUAUGAGACAUACUGCUUGCAAGUGUUCGCAAAGUCCAGUAAAAUGAACCUCAGUCACUAUCUAGUCGGCAUCGCACAUUACUUUGCAUGUAUCAUAGCUGCUGUGGGCCAGGCACCACUGUUUUGUGGUCAUCAACAUAGAGAAAAAAUAAUUUGGACAGACACUCGAACAAGUCUUCUUUCAGUCCCAUGCAUAUUUAUCUUCCUCUGGGCAUGCUAUGAGCAGUACAAGAGUAAUAUAAUCUUUGCGAAUCUACGUAAAGACAAGAAGACAGGAAAAGUGGUAACAGAAGAACACAAGAUACCUAAGGGUAGAUUGUUUGAGCAUGUCUCCAGUCCGCAUAGAAUGUGUGAAGUUAUUGUGUACACUGUACUAGUCAUUUUAAUACCAACAAAGACUUUCUUAUGUAUUUAUUUGUGGGUAUUAAGUAAUCAGAUUCAAACUGCAAUCCAAGCUCAUGAAUGGUACAAAAAGUCGUUCCAAGACUAUCCCACCAACAGAGCUGCAAUAUUCCCAGCUUUAUUGUAAUUUUAAUGAAUUUAUUUUACGUACUAAAAUUACACAUUUUGUAAUUAUUUAUAUGUAAAGAGGCUUAUUUAUACAAUUAGUUAUAUGACUUGUGAUUAGGAUAAGUAAAGAGUAAAGAU